AUGCUGCGUAUCUUUGGGUCUCUCUUGGUUCUGUGGCUGCUCUCCAUCUUGGCCGACAUGGUCGAUGCCGUGCAUCAUGGAUCCGUCGCGGUCAAGGUCGGCCUCAUUUACGACAUUGACGAUCCGAUCGACUUUCCCGAGAACCCGUAUCUCCUGACGGCAAUGCAGAUGGCUUUCAACGAAAUCAACAACAGCUCGACGAUCCUGCCGAAUGUCACGCUACUGCCUGUCGUCGGCAGCAGCCGCGGCUCAUUCAGCGACGGAAUCGUCAGUCUCCUCGAUAUGAUACAAAAUGACGGCAUCAAUGCUGUGAUCGGAGACACAACCAGCGAGCAAAGCGAAUACGAAGCAACCAUAUCCAGCUUCUAUGAUAUCCUCCACAUCGGUCUGUUCACCUCCGCAACCAUACUCACCAACAGGACAGCAUACCCGACCUAUCUCUCCCUCAUCCAGCCCAAUAUUGUGUAUCUCCAAGCACUAUUCGCCUUUGCCAGAGCCAUGGGAUGGCGAUCGGUGGCUCUAAUGUACAGUCGUGAGCCAUUUGGAACCACUGCAAGGGACGAUGCCAAGUCCGUCGCCAACGCAAUGGGAUUCAAUAUCGUUCUCGAGCAGGGAUUCUACGGACCCACUCAAGGGAACCGCUCCGACCUGGCCAUUCCUCUCGAGAAUCUCCAAAAGUCAAGGGCAAAGAUCAUCAUCGUCUGCGCCAUCGCCCAGUACACAUCCGAUCUCUACUACAUGGCAUAUGGACGCGGCUUGGUGGGCCCAACAUAUGUCUGGAUGGGCAUCAACAUCCCGUACUACAACUUCAUGGACUUUUCUUGGUUCAACGGCGACCCGAUACAAGCAGCACAGGGAUUUAUAUGGGCUACUCAGAAUGUCACGAACGGAGCCGGAUACAACGAGUUCAACAGCAAGUGGAACAGCAUGUCGCUCCAGAACGCAACCAUGUAUCCGCUGUUGUCGGGGGAUCUGUGGGAGUGGGGUGUUCGAGGGGUUUACGACGCCGCUUACAUCAUGGCACUGGCAUGGACCAACCUCACUCGGAUCUACCCGGACACCCCGUUCCUGCAGCUGCUGGCGACCAACUCGACGUAUCCCUUGCGCGCCGUUGGUGAUCUGAUCUACGACGGCGCAUCGGGAUUCUCAAUCUUCAAUGACGAUGGAAUCAUGGCGGGUCCGUUUGUGAUCUCGGUCGUUGUGUCGCAAAACAGCACCGUGGAAUACAAGAAUAUUGCAUACUACGAAAACGACGAGAUCAUCACAGACUGUCACAUGUGUCAAUACUACAACUUUGAUGGCUCAACCAAGGUUCCCUCCGACUCGCUCUUUGAAGUGUGUCCGCCUGGAUGGCAGUCGUAUUCCAGUGAAGUGGUGUCGCAGCUCUGUGUCCCAUGUCCUGAGGGAACAUACAAUCUGAACUCCAAUUCGACCUGCAAGCCCUGUCCUGUUGGCGCGGUGUGCCAUAAUGCCAACAUCAUGAUCGCCAAGGGCUAUUGGUACAACGCAAAUGCCUCGGCAAUCGAUUCCGCAUUCUAUCUGUGCGAUGCAACCGCAAACUGCUGUCCAAACGCAUGCCCGAUCGGUGGUGGAAACCAGUGCAUCCACGAACACAGCGGAGUGCUCUGUUCGCAGUGUCCCAGCGGCCAGUACGAAUGGGGUGGCCAAUGCACCCACUGCGACAGCCUCGGCAGCAACAUUGCUGUCGGAGUCGCGGCAUUUGUUGCUAUUUUCGUUGUCGUCUGCAUUCUGUGUGUGAUUCCAACAUCCAAGGAGGGAUUUCUGGUCGACCUGAUAUUUGUGUACCAGGUUGCCUACCUCCUGGACUUUGACCACACAACGGCCCUGUCUCGAGCCCUGGCGUUUCUGACCCUGAGCUUGAACAUCCAAAGUGGCGGAAACGGAUGCAUCCUCCCACUCGACCAGUUUGCCAAAAUGAUCUCGGCCUAUGUGAUGGUGAUGGCGAUGGUCGUCUGCCUGGGACUGUGGCAUGUUCUGAUCCAAGUGCUCAGGAGUCCGAAUCGAGGCCCGCUGGCCAGGAGGGCCUGGAAGACGAUAGUUCGGUGGUUUCCGUACCUCGACACCAGCUUCAAACACUCGCUGACUCGAUCGGUCAUCGUCUUGGCGCUGUUCAGCUUCAGUCCGGUGUACAGCACAGCCGUGACGAUCCUGUCCUGUCGGGCCAUCGAGGGGUUUCCAUCGGUCGUCUGGGACUAUCCGUCGGUCCAGUGUUGGACCGAUUCCCACACAACCGUGGCGGUGUUGUCUGGCAUCGUCGUGGUGGUUCAAGUCAUUGUGCUUCCCGGUGUCAUCUUUCGUCAAGGGCUCGGUCUGCGAAGCAAGCAGCAACCCGAGCCAAAUACACCGACUCUCGAUGCUGAUAUCGCCAACGAAGCAGUUGUUGUCCCAAUCGAAUCAGAAGCAACAGACCCACUCUAUGUUCUGCAUCGCUGCUACACCGAGCAAUGCCGCUGGUGGACCGCCAUCGACCUGAUAGAGCGCUCCACGAUCGUCGGACUGCCGCUGCUGCUCCGCUCGACAGGAGACUAUACACCCAGAUAUGCAGCGUUGUUCGUCCUGUGGAUGUUCCUGCUUGUGCGCGCCUUUGUGAUGCCAUACAGGCUGGUGGCCGACAACGCCGUCAGAAUCAUCGGAUACCUGGCUUUGAUCAUCACAUUCUCGUUGCAGCUUCGCCAGAAAUACCUCCUGGACCAGUAUGGAAUCGAAUCGACCGACUCGCUGGUUCAAGAGACAGUCGCAACGAUCAUACCCUGUGUCCUGUUGGUUCCCACCAAGCUCUUCUCCAAGAUCCCUUCGGCACAGAGGAAGCAAAUCAGCAGUACGAUUCGCUCGAUUCGCUCAAAGGUCAUCGAGGCCGGCAGUUGA